AUGGGCCGUAAACAAAGUGAAUAUGAAGAAGAUAAUCAGAAACCGGAGUCCUCGAGACGCAAAAAGGAACCUCGUCCUUCGACCAGCCGUGAUUCCGUUGAGGAGGAUGAUGAACCUGGAUGGGAAUGUUCAGUUUGUACCUACAGAAACAAGACUGAAUCCUUCAAAUGCGAGAUGUGCGAAUCAAGGUAAGUAAUUUAUAUUUCUUACAUUUAACCUGCACCUUUUGUAUUGAGCAAUAUUCUUUAGAAAAGGAACAUCAACCCGGAAGCCUCGGCUGAAUCCUUCUGUUGUUCAACAACAGACUUUAGUGCAGAACCUUGCAGUCCAAGGUCCGAUAAUGAAGUAAGUGUCCUUGCUUUUCAUUGUUUAUAUUUAGAAGGACGAGGUUUUCGGACGGAAGAAGCAGAUUUUCGCCUGAAAGUACUGGCUCUGGGACCAACAGUCGGGGAUUAUCUACGGGAUCUUCCCCCGUUCCCAUUCGGCCGGCAAAGAAACGACAAAAUCGGAGAGUUGUUAAGUUAUUGAUCCCCUUCGCAGAUGAUCUGGUCGACCGGGAUGUUUUCACCCAAAGGUCUAUUACUACGGGAGGUGUUACAUGCCAAAUUAUUGAGUUCAAAGUGAAGGAAAAACUUACAAAAAAGAAGAGAAGGGAGAAAAAGAAGGCAAAGAAAGAGGAAAGAGAAGUCAUGGACGACUAA